AUGUCCAACGCCGAGAGCAGCUCUAGCAAGCGACACCUCAGCCAGUCAACCCCAACCCCCGCCACUCCCGCGGGGAAGAGGCCCAAGACGCACCAGCCCGACGCACCCACAACGCCAGCGUUCCCCACCCACGAGGGCCCGGGGUCGGACGAUGUCGAAGUCGUCGCCGCCUACGACGAGUGGCAGCGCGCGGUCCAAGCGCGGGACCGAGCCAGUGCGACGCUCACCAGCCGCGCGGAGCUCAAGGACCAGGCCCAUGAGCACCUCCUCAAGAGGUCCAUGGCCCUCGGCGAAGCCAAGGCGGCAAGGAGGAUGGCAGGCGCCGCCGUCGCCACAUUCGUGGAGCGGGCGAACGCAUCGAUCACCCCCGCUUGCCGCAAGGUGAUGGAGGCGCUGACCCUUUUCGGGCCCCGUCACGUGGCAUACAGUGACGUCGAGGAGCGGUGGAAACGCCUCGACAUCGCUGCAGACGCCGCCGACAAAGACCUCGGCCGGAAGACGGCGGCCUACCGGACGGCAGCGCGCAAUGGCGUAGACAAGGCUGCUGCGUCCCAGGCAUGGCGCGGGGCCAGCGAGGUGCAGGAGGCCAUCAGUGUCCAGCUGGAAGCUGUCCGUGCCGAGGCCAAAACCAUGGUCGCAGACGUGCAGGCCGCCGCGGGGGAGCUGCAGCGCUCCCACAGCGCCUGGGACACCCUUGUCCAGAACACCAGGCCGUCGGCUGCGGUGGUCAACGAGGCGCUCACGGCUGCCAUCACCAAGUUGGACGAAGUCCAGCGCUCCGUCGACGAUUCGCAAAAGGUUGAGGGAGAGACUCGCAGGUUGUGGGACAAGGCUCUCGUGGCGUGGCAGCAGGCCGAUGAGCUGGUGGAGGACAAGAAACGCGCGUACCGUACCCUCCUGGAGCGGACCAGCCUCGCCGGUGCCAUUGCGGCCGGUGCCGCAAAAGCGACAUUCCCAUCGGUGGGGGCGGGCCAGCCGUGGCCCCUGCGCAGGUCGUGGCCUCCUGGAAGCUCCUCCCAGCAGGUUGCCACACCACAGCAGCCCCACGUCAGCCCGCAGUCUGUUCCCCGGCCCCCCCAGCAAGCUCCUCUGUCCUCGCCACUCCAGGCGAUGAGCGAGCGCCGCCGGGGAAAGCGUCGGGCCGAGUCGACUGCUUCAGCGGAGGAGGGCCAGCCGCUCGUGCUUUCCCAGCCCCCGCCGCAGCACUCGAUGGCUCCGCAGAUGGUGGCGGCAGAGGGAGAGCCUACGCUGGCUCAGUGGGACUUCGUCAACCGCUUCGGCGAUAAGUACGAAAUACCAUCGGCACCGGCGGCGACGACACAGCGUCCGAGGCGCCGACACGAAGGUAACCCCCGCCGAGCCAAAGCCAGCGUGCGUCCAGAGGAGGACCCCGACAGUCCGUCGCCGUUCGCGUUCAACAUGCCGCCUCUGCCGGCGCCGCAGCCUCCCGUGGGCUCCAAGAAGGAGCAUUGGCGUGCCCUCGGUCGGGAGGCAGAAGGAGCUCCCUCGGAGCUCAGCGCGACGGCGCCACACCCCAUGGCGCCACCUGCGGUGCCGCCGCCGCACUCGCAGCCGCCACAUGCCCCUCUGCCGGUUCCAGCUCAGUCCGCAGCACCGGCGAACCCGGCCCCGGCUGCCUCAUCCAAGCAGAAGCACUACCGUGCCCUCGGACGAGUGGCAGAUGGCGCUCAUAUCGAGGUCGGACAGCCACAAGCGCCCUACCCCCAGCCGCCGCCACACUCCCAGCCCCCGCCCCACAACGUGCCGCCGCCACAGGCCCAGCCCCCGUCCAUGGCGACCCCGAGCGACCUGUACACGUACGCGCCGCUCUCGCGUCCCAUGGGGCCGCCCCCGCCGACCUCCGAGUCGUCCAAACGCAAGCAGCUGCGUGCGCUUGGAAAGGGAGAAGGAGGGACUGACCCCCCCUCGGCCCCGGGCUCUUCCGCCGUCGCCAGCAGUCAGCGGACCUCAGCUCAGCAGGCCGCCUCUGCCCAGCCCCCCGCAGUGGCAUCGGUGCCGCCUGGUGCCACAACGCAGCGGCGCCUCCGCCGCCUCGCCAAGGCGCCCGUGAAGGACUUGGGGUUCGCCGUGCCCGCGCUCCCCGCGCGGCUCCAGCCUGCCCCCGCGAACCAGGCAGCCCCCCAAGCCGCGGAGGCGCCGCAGGCAGUGGCGGGCCCCAACCCACAGCUGGGCGAGCUCGCGUUGGCAGAGUGGCAGCAGUACGUGGCCGCACAGCCAGCUCAGGCGCUCGGCGCGGUCGUCCCCCAAAGCAACCAGCCACCAGCGUCCACGAUGCACCCCCCAGUGCCACCGGAGAUGCUGGCCGCGGCGCAGAGCUACGCGGCCAUGGACCACAUGGAGCUCUUCCACGCGACGGACCCCGCUCGCCGUCGUGCAGGGGGCACGGGGAGCCAACUGGUGGCCGCGCUCACCGAGCAGCUGGCAGCGGCGCAGGUGCAGCAGGGUAGCAUUGCCCCGCCGGGCGAGGCGGACCACUUGGCGUGGAUUCAGGCCGCGGCGAUGGGUCUGCCUGGGCAGCGGGCAGGGUGGCAGGGCGGUGGGGUGAACGCGGCGACUCCGAACACGCAGACGUGGGUACAGGCUGGGACGACGGCGCCGCCGGAACAUCAGCAGCCUCAGCAGAAGCUGCAGCAGCAGGAACAGCAGCAGUAUCAACAGCAGCAGCAGCAGCAGUCUGUGUGGCAGAAUGCCAUGGCGACGCCGGUCCAGUCCGACACGCAGCCUUCGGGUCAACCAGCGGCGGCGGCUCCGAGUGGCCAGCAGCCAGCGUGGCAGGGUGGCAUGGCGAUGUCCGCUGAGUCCAGCUCGCAGGGGUCGGUCCAGCCCGUGGCGACAGUUCAGUCUGCGCCUCACCAGCAGCCCGUGUGGCAAGGUGGCAUGGCGACCCCGGUCGAGUCCAACACGCAGCAGUGGGUGCAGCCUUCUCCGACGGCGCCACCAGCGCAGCAGCCCAUGUGGCAGGGUGGUAUGUCGACCCCGGCCGCAUCGGAGGCCCAGGCGUCGGCGCAGACGGUGCCCAUGUUGCCGCCUCAGCAGACAGGGUCGCACGGUGGCAUGGCGACACCCCAAGUCGAGCCGCACACGCAGAUGUGGGUCCAGCCCGCGGCGGUGGCGCCUAGCAUGAUGAGCCCGGUUCAGGCGGACGCGGCGGCCUGGGCGCAGCAGCCGGUGUGGCAGGGUGAGACGGCCGCGCGCGUCGCCGAGCGGGGCGUGUACAACCUGCCCCUUCCCCCGCGCGGGCUCCAGCUCCAGCCCCCACCGGCACCAGGCAUGAUCGUCGACCUGGUCAGUCCGGAGAUCUCGCCGGCCGCGCUGCCCUCGCCCCCGGCCCCGAAGCCCAAGAGGAAGAGCAAAUCGCGCCGCUCGCGCGCGCAGGCUGCUCUCGGGGAGGGCGUUGAGCCUGUCCUGGCUACGGGCCCAGGGGCUCUCGGAGCGGCGGCUCUGCCCGGGGGCUCGCGGAGCUCCUCCUCAGUGCUGGGAGCGCCGGGUGCCAGCGCCGGGGCCGAGCUCGCACCGCCCGCUCCACACGUCCAGACGGGCUUCAUCGACCCCCGCGUCCUGUUCGGUGGCCCCCACGUCCCCCGGCCCUCGAGACGCGUGUUCAGCGGGUUCCCGGCCCCCGGGGAGACUGUCGUCCGGGGGGUCGUGGCGCCCAUGCCCGGCGACGGGGAGGAGGACAAGGCCGGAGAGGAAGCUGACGCGGACGCGGACGUGGACCCGUUCAACGCGGUGCUCCCGGACGCGGGGGGCGACUUCUGGAGCAGCUGGCUGGGGUCGUAA